GUUCCGUAUGGCGUAAUAUUGGGUUUUGUUUUUGAAGAACAUUUUAGGAGGAUAGUUCACAUUUAAGGUAUAGACUUGGCUGGGAAAAAUUACGAUUUUUUUUUGUGUCGUGAUGGAUGACUAAGCGAUGAAUCGGUAUGGAAAAGGGGGAAGGGGGGUGGAAAUAUGGAAAAAAAGAAAUGAAGAUGAUUACGAAGAUUACACAUUCGGGUAGGGGCCAUCGACGUAGAUAAUAUUCCGGAGUUGAGUUGAAAUUGUGCUCUUGCGUUACCGGCGUAAUUAACCUUGUGCGAGGUAGGCGUUGAGACAAAUGAUGGUCAAUUUCAGGGGCUGAAUGACGUGCUUCUCAUUAUCGUCGCACAGAUGUCAAUCGGCGAAUCAGUUCCCUGCUACUGGAACAGAAUCGAUUCAAUCUUAUCUAUCUCCGAAUCUAUUACGCAUUAUUCGUAGGGUAAGGUGUGAUUAGUUUGGUAACCAUAUUAUGAAAUCCUUUCCAGGAUUAAAGCUAGCUGAUUAGUAUGUAGAAGUAAACGACAAGCUCCAAGCUCCAAGCUCCAAGCUAGCUUCACUUUCGAGACUUGAAGGAAAGUUGAACGCGUCAGCUAGUACACCUAUCAACAUGGCGGAAGCCGUAGAAACGACAGCCGAAAGCUCUACGGGCAAUGAAUCCAAGCCUAUCAAAGUGAAGUGGUACCGCUCGGUAUUCUAUAAUGCCACAAUACUCGGCCUCUGCAGCUUUGCAGCACCAGGGCUAUGGGGAGCAAUGAAUUCUCUCGGUGCUGGUGGUGCCCAAUCACCGUAUCUCGUCAACACCGGGAAUGCACUCACAUUCUGCCUCAUGAUAAUAUCAUGUUGGUUGACGAGUAGCAUUGUUAGAUAUAUCGGCAUCAAUGGCGCCCUAUUCGUUGGUACUAUUGGCUAUGCCCCAUAUAGCGCUGGGCUGUACCUCAACAAUCGGUAUGGCGUUGAGUGGCUUGUGAUUGUGGGGGCCGCUUUCUGUGGCAUAUCCGCCGGCAUAUUCUGGGCUGCCGAAGCGGCGAUAGCGAUCGCAUACCCCGAGCCGCACAAUCGGGGGAGAAUGGUAGCCUACUGGUUAACCUGGACUCGAGUUGGCCAGAUUCUGGGUGGUGCUGUGAAUCUAGGCCUCAACGUGGAUCGAAAUCAAGCCGGAAAAGUAUCGUAUACGGUAUACAUCGUCUUUAUCGCCCUCCAAGCUAGCGGAACAUUGGUGGCUCUACUCCUCAAUCGCCCAUCGAAAGUUCAGCGCCCAGGUGGUACACCAGUCCAACUCACUAUCUUCGACAAUCCUUGGCAAGAAAUCAAGGCUACGACGAGAACCUUUCUCACUAGAAAAUUCCUCUUUAUCGUCUUUUGGAUUGGCCAAGGGGUCUACUCGGAAGCUGUCUUCUUUACCUAUAAUGCUCUCUGGUUCAGCGUGCGUGCGAGAGCAUUGGGGUCGUUCCUAUCCGGAAUCGUAGCAGUGAUAUGUGGAAACCUCCUGGGGUUAUGGUUAGACCAACACCAUAUACCCCUUAAGAAGCGAUCUCGCCGGGCAUUUGUGGUUAUAAUGGUGCUCCAGGGGGCCUGGUGGCUUUGGCUCACGAUCAACGUGACCGAAUAUCGCCGAACCCAACCUAUUUUCGACUGGGUUGACCCAGGUUUCGGUAGGGCAUUCGGUGUCUUCGUUUUCUUAGUGGCCGGCUUCCAGUUGAACUACAACUUUUCAUAUUUCAUAAUCAGCCAGAUAUCCUCAAGCCCGCAGGAGACCAUCCGACUCGCUGCGUUACUGCGAGGUACGGAAUCGGCUUGGCAGGCUCUAAGUUAUGGGCUUAACGCGGUUCCCAUCAUUGCGUCGGUUGGUGGUCCUUAUAUAAACUUCGGCCUUUGGGGUGUCUCGAUAUUGCCGGCUUGGCUGAUAAUCAAAGACUUCGGGGUCGGUAAGGAUAAAACCGACAUCGAGAGUCGUGCUGAAGUUCAGGAAGGAGAUAUGGGCAAAGAGCAGGGUUCGGAUUAAAAUUUGAAUCUUGCCAUUAGUAAGGGAAAAGCUACAUGGGAUUUCCAUGCUCAAUAGAUUCCAUACUUGGGCGCGUUGCUUUAUAGAAAUCUAGUAUUUAGUACUUAAGAAUCCGCUUCCUUACUUUAAUCAUGGGCGUAAAGUAAAGCCGUGAUUAUAGUCGCUUUGCCGCGUAAUUCGCGUCCGUGAAGCGUGUCGGUACCGAUCGGAUAUUUUAGUAGGCUGCGAUCCCAAUUUGGGAUCAUUGGGACUGAUGUGAUAGCAACCUACCCUCGCGCCAUCGAGGGGCACAACCUCACUUAGCUUAGUUAUCUAUCAACGUACAACCAGCGUCUCUUCUCAUAGGUUGAAUGUGCGCGCACGUCAUACUAGUCUCCAACUCCACUUCGGAGACCAAAAUACAUAUAAGUGAUAAUAAAGAGAGUAUAUCCGUUUGAUAUAUUGUUGAAGUUCGCGAUAAAACGCAAGAUAUUAUAAA